UAUUUUAGUAAUUUAUUAUAACGUAUAACAUUUUUUAUUUUCGUGCUACAUAGCUGGUAAGAGAAGAAAUGGCUCCUCCAAGUUUUUCCGAAUCAAACUCACUCUUCAAUUUUGUUGUAAGAGACGGCAAUGGCGUAAAAGGAAUGGUAGACUCAGGCCUAUCAGAGGUACCACAACAAUAUAUUCAACCUCCACAGGAAAGAAUAGACAAACAUAAAUCCACAUUAAAUGAAAAUCCACCAAUUGACUUGUCGAAACUAGACGGUCCGGACCACGAGCAAGUGGCGGCGGAACUAGCUAGAGCCGCCGAGACUUUAGGGUUCUUCCAAGUGGUGAACCACGGUGUUCCGGUUGAGGUGCUAGAGUCGUUGAAGCAUGCAGCUCAUAGUUUCUUUAACCAACCAUCCGAAAAAAAGGCUAUCUAUUGCAAGGGUGUGAGCCCUAGUCCAUAUGUGAAGUACGGCACCAGUUUUGUGCCGGAGAAAGAGAAGGCAUUGGAAUGGAAAGAUUAUAUUAGCAUGAUGUAUACGAAUGAAGAGGAAGCACAUCAACAUUGGCCUAAGGAAUGCAAGGAUGUGGUACUAGAAUACUUGCAAACAUCAGUGAAGAUGGUGAGAAAAAUAAUGGAUGUUCUAAUGGAAAAGCUAGGAGUGGAAGUAGAAGAUGAAACAAUAGAAGCAUUGAUUGGGUCGAAGAUGGUAAAUAUGAACUUCUAUCCGACAUGUCCGAAUCCUGAGCUUACCGUUGGGGUGGGACAACACUCGGACAUGGGUACCCUUACUGUGUUAUUACAAGAUGAUAUUGGCGGUUUAUAUGUUAAAGUCGAAGAGGGCGAGAAGAGAGGAGAAUGGAUGGAGAUUCCACCAGUUUCCGGUGCUUUGGUCAUCAAUGUUGGUGACAUGUUACAGAUAGUAAGCAAUGGGAAGUAUAAAAGUGCAGAACAUAGAGUGAGGACAACAAGUGAGAAAUCAAGGGUGUCCAUACCAAUUUUCACAAUUCCAAAACCAACACAGAAGAUUGGACCGUUGGCUCAACUGGUGAAAAAAGACGGAGUGACUUUGUAUAGAGAAGUUAUAUUUGGAGAGUACAUGACCAAUUUCUUCAGCAAUUCCCACCAAGGAAAGAAAUCGCUCGACUUUGCUGCCAUCAAUUAGUUUAUGAUUCUUAUAUCA